AUGGAGCUGCCGUCUCCAGACUGGUCGGAGCUGCCGUCCGACGUCCUCGGGGUCGUAGUGGGAAAGCUCGAAUUCCCGGACGUCUUCCGCUUCUCUGCGGUCUGCACCUCCUGGCAUGCCAGCGGCCGCCGCGUACGUCGUGACGGCUACUACUCGCGCCCCCAGACGCCCUGUCUCCUCUACACCACAGCCUCCGACAGAAGCGGCGCCGCUGAGCUCUACAGCCUCACCGACAGGAAGGCGUACGCGGUGCGGUUGCCCGACCCACCCAUCCAGGACCGCUACAUCAUCGGGUCGUCCCACGGCUGGCUCGUCACCGCCGACGCCCGCUCCGAACUCCACCUCCUCAACCCGGCCACCGGCGAGCAGCUACGGCUCCCGUCCAUCACAACCAUCGAGCAGGUGAGGCCACUCUUGGACGAAGCUGGUAACCUGGACAGGUACGAGCUUUUCCACUACGAUGGCCGCCGUCCCCGCGGUUGCACCGACCUGCGAGCCUUCUUCUACCUGAAAGCCAUCGUCUCCUCCGACCCUUCGCGUGGGCGUGGGGACUACACGGUGAUGCUGAUGCACCACCCAGAGAACCAGCUCUCGUUUGCAAGAGCCGGCGACAAGCAUUGGACCUGGGUCAAAUUCGACAACAGCAUAUGGUUCGCCGACUGCAUCUACCACGCCGGCGUGUUCUACGCGCAGACCUUCACCGGGGCCAUUCACGCCAUCGACGUCGGUCGCGACUCGUUCACCCAUGGACUGAUCCUGAAGAAAUCCAUCCCCAGGUUCUGCAACGUCUACAUAGUGCGCACCCCGGAGGGUGACAUCCUUCAGCUGCUGAGGAUCACAUCAACCGUUGAGAAGCGGGAGCGAACCGCCACGAUUGAAGUUUACAAGGUUAACUUGGAGAAACAGGGUGUCGGGCCCAUCGAUAGCUUGGGGGACAAUGCGGUUUUCAUAGGGACCAGUUACUCGUCCUGCCUGCCCGUGAAGGAUUAUCCGCAGCUGAUGCCAAACCACAUAUAUUGCGAUGACGACGAUGAGUACUGGCUUCGUGAAAAAGAUGGCUGCCGAGAUGUUGGAGUGUACGAUUUUGAAGAAGACCAUGUGAACGAUCUAGUAUCUCCACAACCAUGGCUUAAUUGGCCGCCUCCAAUUUGGAUUACUCCAAGUUUUACAAAAAUUGUGAAGGUAGGAUAG